AUGCCGGCCCGGCCCGAGGAAUCAGAACUAUCUUUGCAUGCGUGCUUGUCAAUCCUGCAGCCACUGGAGCGUUGGCGUUUGGAUUUGGCAUUGCGUGCAACUCGUGGCCGAAGGUAUCCAGGCUCAAACCCAUCUCUUGUGCCCAUGCCAUCAUAUUUGAAGCUUGCAUUCCCAGCAGGCAAAUGGCUGGUAGUGAACCGGGGUGGUUGGGGUCGAUGCCCAGGGAUGGAGGACUUCAGUGCUACAUCCGACUUCCUUCUUUUGGAAAAUUUGUUUGACAAUGGAUCCCACGCCGCUGUGCUAGAUGAGAACUUCGCAGUGCAAGCGGUCUCAAAAAUUGAAGUUCAUGGUGAUCUGGACUGGAAACAUGCAAUUGUCGACGUCAGAUUGUGGCUAUCUUCUGAAGGUGAUGUCAUCAUUGCUUUUCUUCCGUACUUUCUGGGUGAAAUCAGCAAUCCGUUGAUUGCCAAGCUGCACCUGAGUGCUACAGACUGUGGUGCCCUCCGGGCCUGGAUAAGUCGGGAUGAGGUGAGACGGCCGCAAAAUUGCAAGCAGCCAGAGAUGCCGAUGAAAAAUCUGGGUUUCCUUCAGUUUGGUCCUUCUACCUUCAUCAUGGAUAGAAUAUACCCGACUUCCGUGGUUUUGGUAAAUCUGACACUGCUUAAUGCAAGUGAGGAAACAAAACUUUCCACCAGCCACAACCAUACGUUCAAGUUUUUGACAGACCGGAUGCACAAAUCUUUGCGCAACGAGUCUUUUGCAGUUCUUUGUGCGGAUGCACGGCUGACACUAAAAGCAGAUCAUUCCCCUUGGAGCGAUGUGAGGGGACAAUGGCCACAUUUUUUUAUUCACAACGGUCCAUCCCCUGUUUGGAUAGACGAGCUGCAGCUAUUCUUGGGGAUCGGACACAUGGCACGGGGAAAGCGGCGAAGCCAGCAGAUGGGCUUUCUUCCAGAUCACUACACGCACCAGUUCUUUGCGCUUGCCGGAGAUGAUUCGCAGGGUGGGCAGGCAUUUCGCUUGGUUGCUGCUUCGCCUGAGUUCUGCUUCAGCAGCGCUCAGGCUCCACAAGAUUGCGAAAGUAUACAGUUUGCAAGCACUUUGAUUCGAGAUGGCAAUAGCCUUCUUGUCGGAUAUGGUGUGGAGGAUUGUGAUGCAUUUCUUCAGCGCUUUUCCCUGGAUCAAGUCCUGCAAUCCUUGCUCAAUGUUUCUGACGUUUAGCACAGCUGGCAUCAGAUAAAGUUGAGCCAUAUUUUGUUUGGAGUUCGCUCUUUUUGCCGCCACAUAUUUGUGCAAAUGGCCCCAUGGCCCAUGAUCAUCCAUGAUCCAUGUUCCGCGUUCACAUCCAUGCUUAUUCCUCAAAUUUGCCGCAGCCUUUUGCAAAUAUCGAGGCCAUAGAUAUGAAGAGCUGUGCUCCUAUUGCCAUUUAGUCAUUUAGUCAGCAACUUGGGAUUGAUCGCCUACGCUGCAUAUCAUGUAGGGCGGCUGGGUCCAAUACAUGUCUCUACAUGGGUGCAGGGCCAGAUUACAUUACAAGAUAUCACAAGUGGGCAGAGGGUUGUCGCUAUAUGGUGCCCAGCAUUUGCUGAUUCACUCUAUGUUGAGGUGAUGUUCUGAGGGUGGCCUGGGUGGUGAUGGUAGAACAGCUUUCAGGAGUUUCAGUUGUUGAUUCGUUGAUCACCUUUUUUUCCGCAUUUGUAGCACAGCUUUGUGCUGGCAACUCUUCGUGGCGAGCCCGUUUGAAUUUAUGCCACCGGGCUGCCUGUGGACAUACUCAAGCAGUGGCCAGUUGGCGAA